GCGGGGUGGGGUGAGGCGGAUGGGAUGUCUUGUGUGUAUAAAAGCUCCGGCACUCCUCAGUCGGACGUCCUGUUGCUUCACUCCCUGCUCCCAGGCACCUUUGGCUCCAACAAACAGAGACAGCAAGAAGGAGAGCUAGACAGAUAGAUAGUAAGAAUUAGAUAGUUAGCAGAAUUAGAGACCACCAAACCUCAACCAUGAGCCACCCUUCAAUGAACCACCCUUCAGGCCGCGCCUCCACCUCUUACCGCCGCACGUUCGGGGUCCCCAACCCCAUCUCCAUGUCCUCCUACUCGCCUUCCUACUCGUCUGUCAACUCCCGCAUGCCAAUGUCCAGCGGGCACUACAUGCGCUCCAUGUCGCCCGUGGUGUCCUCUCGCUCUUCCAACUACCACCACCAACAGCGCCAGCGUUCCAGCACCCAGCUGCCCCGUCUCACUUACGAAAAGGUGGACUUCCAGCUGGCAGAUGCGGUCAACGCUGAGUUCCUGGCCACCCGCAGCAACGAGAAGGUGGAGCUGCAGGACCUCAACGACCGCUUCGCCAGCUUCAUUGACAAGGUGCACUACCUGGAGCAGCAGAACAGCGGGCUGCAGCAGGAGCUGAGCCAGUUCAAGGGCCAGCUGCAGGAGGGAAAGCUCAACCGGGCCACCGAGCUCUUCCAGGAGGAGUUGAGGGAGCUGAGGCGCCAGCUGGACCAUGUGGGCAAGGAGAGGGACCAGUACCAGGUGGAGAGGGACAACCUGGCCGAAGACAUAAACCUCCUCAAACAGAGGCUAGAUGAGGAGAAUCAGAAGAGGGCUGAGGCUGAGAGUAACCUGCUGGUCUUCCGCAAGGAUGUGGAUGAUGCCACUCUGUCUCGCCUAGAGCUGGAGAGGAAGAUCGAGUCUCUGAUGGAUGAGAUUGAGUUCCUCAAAAAGCUGCAUGAAGAGGAGAUCCAGGAUGUGCAGGUGAGUGUCCAGACCCAGCAGAUGAAGAUGGAGGUGGAACAGACUGCCAGGCCUGAUCUGGCCGCUGCCCUCAAGGACAUCAGGGCCCAGUACGAGAACAUCGCCUCCAAGAACAUGCAUGAGUCUGAGGAGUGGUACAAGUCCAAGUUUUCUGACCUGACGGACUCUGCCAAGCGUAACACUGAUGCUCUGAGGCAGGCCAAGCAGGAGCAAAAUGAGCACAGGAGGCAGAUUCAGUCCCUCAACUGUGAGAUCGAUGCACUGAAGAGCACGAACGAGGCUCUGCUGAGGCAGAUGCGUGAGAUGGAAGGCCAGUUUGGCAUGGAGGCCAAUAACUACCAGGACAACGUGGGUCGCCUGGAGGAGGAGAAACACCACCUGAAGGACGAGAUGGCCCGCCACCUGAGGGAGUACCAGGACCUGCUCAACGUCAAGAUGGCCCUGGACAUAGAGAUCGCCACCUACCGCAAGCUGCUGGAGGGAGAGGAGAGCAGGAUUACUGUACCCAUGCAUCCCUCCCAGUAUGGCCGUAGUGGUGAUAGGGCCUAUGACCACACACCAGACACCCCUAGCAGGAAGCCCUUGGUGAUUAAGACAGUGGAGACUCGUGAUGGAGAGGUGGUGAAGGAGUCAAAGAAGGAGAAGGAGAGGAGUGAGAUGGAUGGCAGGAAUGACAGGGACCAUGAUAGGAAUGACAGGGACCAUGAUAGGAAUGACAGGGAUGACUAGAAUAGUUAGCUACCAAUCGCCUGUUCCAGAUUUAGAUGUAACAAUAUAACACAAAAGAUGGAAACAAAAAAAGCAAGUAGUAAAAUAAAUAAAUAGUUUAAAGCUCCUUAAUUGCUGCUCACCUUUCACCCUUUAACAGGUAUUUUCUGUUGAGCAGAGAGCCUGUAGUAGAUAUUCGUGCAAUGUUAAAACUUGAAGAAAUCUCUUAGAUAGCAAACUUAGUCACAGGAUGUGACCGUGGGGUUACUUUUAAUAACCGAUCAUUUCUCAUUGAAGAAAAAAUACAAAGACAGCCAUACAUGAGCAUACACAGACACGAUAGUGCUAUCAAGCAGUGAAUGAACGCAAACUUGAGUAGCUCCUGCGGCAAAUCUUUUUAUUGAUACAUCACUUGAGGCCUUAAUUUACAUUGAAAUCCCUUACAUAAAAUGUUUUGUAGCUGAACUUAUCAUUCACCAAGGGGAAAAUAGAAAGUGGCAUAACAAAGCAACAGGUUUUUACUGAUCCCUCCACAGAAAAAGUUUCUCUCUCCAAUAGAAGGACACAAUCUGAUGUAGCUUUGAGAGACAGUGGACAUCAAUAAGGAACAUUUUGAAAGGGAAAAUGUCUCCGUAUAGCGCCAUGGAACGCUCAAUGUCAAAUAUCUUGCCAGAGAGGGACCACCAAUGGGAUUGAUGAUAGAUAAACACAGAACAGUAGAAUACUGCACUUGCUGCACCACAUACUCUGCACAUUGCACUCUGCUCAAAAAUUAAAAACCUGACAGGGAAAUGUGCUAUGCGAUCAUAUGAGAAUGUGUGUUUCUGACCGCCAAAAUAUAUACAAAUGCAAUUAAAGUAAACUGGAACAGA